AUGCCGCAUGUCAUCGCUCAAACAUCCAGGAUGGCCCAGUGUGGGCGUCAUUCAGGGCUGCCUGCAGAGAAGAAGAUCUCUCUGGGUGUCACUAGGGUGAUAGUGAAGACACCAGGCAAGCAGGAAGACUUUGUGAUAGCCAGUGAUACCUCGGUGAGGCAGUUCAAGGAGAAGCUAUCGGCUCACUUUAAGUGCCAAAUGGACCAACUAGUGCUUGUCUUCAUGGGCUGCCUUCUCAAAGACCAUGACGUGCUGAGCCAGAGGGGCAUCCUGGACGGUCACACCAUCCACGUGGUUAUCAAGUCCAAAAAUGGCUCCAGAUCCCUAGCCCAUCCCUGGCACCAGGACAAAAACACCAAAGGAAACAGCAGUGGGGUAUACCAAUCUGCUGGUAUGGGUUACACCCCAGUGGAGUCAGCUCUUUCAGAGGAUGUGCCCAACGUGCAUACCCAGGACUUGAAAGUGGGUAGUCCAGAGCAUGUAGCACAGACACUGGAGAAUCCUAGCAUCCAGCAACUCCUGUCCAACACAGACUUCAUGAGACAGUUCAUCUCAGAACACCUAGACACGCAGCAAUCGAUGCAGCAGAACCCAGAGGUCUCACACAUCCUUGACAAUUCUGAGAUCCUGUGGCAGACUCUGGAGCUGGCCAGGAACCUGGCAGUGAUUCAAGAGAUAAUGCAGAUCCAGCAACCUGCACAGAAUCUUGAGAGUCCACCGAACCCACAGUCAUAUGUAGGCUUAGAGAAUAUCCCAGGAUGGGACAAUGCCUCGGGUCAGAGUUCUGCUGAUUUCAACGAUCAGAUGCUCAACAACACACAAGAUCCAUUUGGGGGCAACAUUUUCACAGCUCUCCUGGGAGGACAAGUGCCAGAGCAAGUACAGUUUUCAUUCCCAUCACCACCACCAUCCCAGGAACAACAGGAACAUCUCCCACAGCCCCCUACAGCCCGAGUCAUCUAUGCUAGUUCUCGAGGUGUAUCUUCAAUCACUUCAGCCAGUUCUACCCCCAGCAUGGCAAAUCAUACUUCCAGAGCCAGUACUUCUAACUCCACUAAUGGUCAGAGUCAUGCUUGUGCAGUGGAGCAGCCAAUUGGGAUACCAGCCUUACCUGGCAGAGAGCUCAACCAGCUGCCCCAGACAGAAGACAAAGAUGCCACCAUUUCUCUAGAUAGCUCUAACCAGAAACCAGAUGAUCUCCAGCAGUCAAAUGAGCAGACCAGCUCCCAGAUCACAGGAAACAUGAUGCAACUGCUUUUGAACAACCCUUCCCUGGCAGCCCAGAUGAUGUUGUUCAUGAGUGUGCCCCAGCUGAGUGAACAGUGGAGGCAGCAACUGCCUGCAUUUCUGCAGCAGACUCAGUUUUCUGAUAUACUUAUAGCUCUAGCCAACCCUAAAGCAUCACAAGCAAUACUUCAGAUUGAGCAGAGCCUGCAGCUGUUGGCCACUGAGGCUCCUGUUCUUCUACCCUGGGUUGCGCCCUACCUAUGGGGCCUGGGCUGGCUUGCUGCACCCAGCUGCAGCUACCCUGACACAGUGCCCUGGACCUGGGAUGUGUCCAAUAUGGCUGAGCCUAAAGGACCUGAGUCCUGUCCCAAAUCGAGAACAGUCCUACAGAGGCUACAGUCCCUAGCUGGAGACCCUUCCCACCCUCUACAAGCCCCUGAGACUCUUUUCAGCAAGCAAAUGGAAUAUCUCCAGGCCAUGGGAUUUGCAAACCAUCAUGCCAAUCUGCAGGCCCUCAUUGCUACCGAGGGAGACACCAGCGCUGCCAUCCAGAAGCUCAGAAGAUCCCAGGGAUCCUAA